CGCACCGUACAUUCCCGCGAUGGCUUACAUAAACGUUGCCGAAUGGAGCCCGGACAUGGUCACCGACUGGCUGAAAGGCCUGGACAACUCGAUGUACCACUAUGUGCAAUCGUUCACCAACAAUGGGGUCGGUGGAAAGCAGCUGCUCAACAUACGGCCGUACGAGCUCGAACAGCUCGGUAUGCACGUGAUCGGCCACCAAGAAAUCGUGCUGGAAGCGGUGGAAAAUUUAAAAAACUUUAACUACAACCUGGAUAAGGAAAAUCUACAGUUCCUGGCGCUACAUGUGGCAACGGCGGCCCAUUCGCUGUCGAAACAGUUGGAAUUCUCCGACCAGGAGAAGCUCGAGACGUCCGUACUGAAAGAUAUUACACGUACGAUCACGCACCUCAAGGCGUUAAUCGAAUGGCUCGAUCGUGCACCGUUUAGAGGUCAGAAGAAAUUCGACGAGUUGCGUAAACAGUGUAUGCGAUUCGGGCUGGAAGUGGCCACCGUUGCGAUGCGUGAUCGAUUUUCUCUCAUGCCGGUACAGGCGAUCCGCCAAAAUGCCAAAAAGCUAGAAAGCAUCGGAGAGUACAUCAUUAAAGAUAUUAUGGAUCCAAUCAUACUGCAACCAGCCUCGCUGGAUCUCGUGACGCUUAAGAAGCGUGAGUCGGAUCUCGGCUUUCUGAUCAUGCAAAGCUUCCACGGUGUACACCGCAUUACCGAAAUAAAGUUCAACUCACCCGCCCACAACUCCGGCAAGGUCGAGGACGGUGAUGAAAUAGUGCAAAUCAACUACCAGACCGUGGUCGGCUGGGAGUACAAGAAGGUCCUGCAGCAGCUACAGGAAUCACCGCCAGAUGUCUUGCUGACGCUCAAGAAGCGCCCCAAGCAUAUGAAAAUCUACGGCCAAAUCUACAUCAAACCGUACCGCUUGCCGAGCAAGAAGCGCAUUCUCCCGUACAGGUGGGGCGAAAGUUUGCCCAGCCCACGUGUCACGGACACAUUUGCACUGCAGGACUUUUCGCUACCACUAGACCGUGUCCCGGAAAAGCACGCUCCAUCCGACUCCGAAUCGGACGGUAGCGAUAUCCUAACACCAACCGAUGCAAAAGAAACGGAAAAAGAAAUCCGACUGUAUUUACCCAAACCGCGCGCCGUACUGCAAAGGCGGCACACGCUGUCCAGCUUUAAAGAUUUGGUUGGCGUUUCUUCGUGGCGAGAUGAGCGUAAAGGAAAACCGUUGCUAUCGAGCGAGCUGCAAAGUUUGCGCGAUAAGUCCGUUUCGUUUGGCUUUGGGCUUGAAAUGUCCCCACGACCAACGACCACGUGCCUUGGGUUGGUUGGGGGUGGUGCGGUUGUUGGUGAUGGUACCUCGGGGGUUGCUGGUGGAAGCGGUGGGCCGGCCAAGUGUAGCAGUUUCGGUGGACUGAAAAGUUCGCUUCCCGAUAUUGUUCCGCAGGAGAUUGAAUGUGCCGUUGUGCCACCGAACGAUCGAUCGAUUGUGGGUGCCAAACCGAGUGGUAGUGGUGGUGAUAGGGAACAGGGAGACAGCGAAGCGUACAAGGCGGGCGUUUCAAAAGUGGUUCGGUUUGAAUCGAGCUCCAAAGCGGACCAGUGCCAUGUGGAUACGAAGUACACGUGCAAGGUGGAUAAUACGGUGCUGGAAACGUUUGAACCGAUACCGUACGUGGAUGAAGAUUUGCCACCAGUCGUUAGUCCGCCGACCGUUACCGAGCGUGUCAAACGGUUUGAAUCGUUUGCAACGCGUACGACGCCAGCACCACCGUCUACGCUUACCAACGGGCAACACAUUGGAAGCUCCACACCAGGCGUUGGUAGCCAUAUAGCAGCUUCCACCUCGAAACCAAUUCCAAUGCAGCGACAACUCGCAAAAGAUCCAGAGGUAGCGGAAGCAAUCAAUACGGUUGUGGUGAACCGCGAAAUGGUAAAGCGUGGUCGAUUGGAUAAAAGCUACAGUACGCCGGCAUACGACGACGAGCUGUCCGAUGUACCACCGGCCAUUGAGCCACGCAAAGAGCAUCUGCUGAAAACACCACCGGUACCGCCACCACGCCCAAAACGUACGCUCGACACAAUCGGUGGUACAGUGCCGGAUAAACCUCCCCUUACUCCAGUGGCGCCUGUUCCACCGAAGACAUCAGUGAUGGCGGUAGUACAUCUUCCCGAGACGGCACCCGGAUUUGUAUCCUCGCUCAGUAACACGCUCGAUAGCCGCGAGGACAGUCCAAACAAAUCGAAACUGGCCAAUGUAAUCGAUCUAAAGCAAAACCGUACCCAACCGUUGGCUGCUCCACUGAUUGCACCGGGUACGGUCACGCCACCUAAACCAGCCGAACGGACAGCAUCCAUUCCGCCUAUUCCAGCAUCUCGACCAGCAGCCGCGAUUCCACCAACAAAACCCUCCGCGGCUCCUUCUAAUGAACAUGCUCCUUCCACCGUAAAUUCACCCGCCGUUCCAAGCCUUCCAACAGACACCAGCUCGGAGCUACUAACACCGAACAAAACGAAAAGUCUUACGCUGAAGAAGAAAAACUCGCUACUAUCGAAACGGCGCAAAGUUUCACUGAAAACGCUCUGCGUCAGUGACAUCCAGGGACAUCUGUACCGUCGCACGAAGGAUCGCAGCGGUAUGUCUUACUGGGCCAAAUAUUACUUCGUCCUGAUCGACACUACCCUGUACGGGUUCAAUCGUAAAGAAUCGUCAAAAGCCAACUGUAUGAUAUUCUUGUCAGGAUUUACGAUUUCGCUCGCCAAGGAAGUACAUUCGCGACCGCACGCCUUCAAGGUGUAUCAUCCGAGCAAAACGUUCUAUUUUGCGGCCGAAACGCAGGAAGCACUGGUCCAGUGGAUGGAGUACAUCCGGCAGGCGACAUUGAAAGGUGCGGCGAGCUUAAUAACCGGGGAACCAUCCGAACAUCACAGCUCGCGGGAAUUAUUUACCGAAACGGACAGUUCGGAUGAUGAGCUUGGAAUGAUGGAUAGUACAACGAAGUUGAAUUUACUUUGCACACCUUCACCACAAUCGACAUCCGGCGCAUCGUCAUCCCACGCUGGAAUGGGUAGUACGGAUGGAACACCAACCUCCUCGAAGCAGGACAAUCGGUAUCAUUUAAAUUUUGGUUCGUUAAAAAAAUUCACCAAAAUCGGUUCGGAUGCAAGCCACGGAUCGUCCUCCCAUACGUCCACAAAUACAACCGGUUCGUCUAGCGAAGGUAGCAAAUUUUUUGGCUUCUUUUCCUCCCAUCGGAACGUAGAGAAAAGCAACUCGAGCGAAAUGCCCGUACCGACGUCACAGUUUAAAAGUUAUCGCAAGGUGCCCGGUGCUGGUGGAUUACAGAUCGGAACGGCUUCCGCUUCGACGGAAGCAUUCCCACUGUCCGCUGCAGCAAUUGCCGGCUUUUCGAUGGGCGCUACCGGUGGUGAGGGUGAAAAUUUUAGCAUCAGUAUGCUAUCGCUAGUUUCGAGUGCGAGUGAAAAAAUGACUUCUGAUACUCCACCACAACCACCGCCAAGAACUGCAACACCAACACCACCACCGGUGGUUAUUCGGGAGCCAGCAACACCGACACUCCUUGCCGAUGCUGAGCAAUUGUUAAAUCAGGCCCGAAAAAGUAAGCGUAUCUCGCCCCACAACUACAUACACGCGUCGAAUCCAAACUUGGUAGAGUUUGACUUUCAAACAUCAAAAGCGAUGGACUUUUCCGUGCCAAAGAUACAUUCGGCAAACACGUGGGACACGAGCACACACUCGCACAGCAAUCUGCAGUCGAUGAUUACGCUCAAAGAUCUGAUGUUGCAGAAACAGGCAGAAGAGGCGCAGGACAUGUACAAUAAGCGCGUUUGUCUCGGUGUGGAGAAGCUGGAUGAUCGUAAGGGAAGAAUGAUGGGUGGAAUGGGUGGUACGGAACAACCUGUUAAUGUAGCGCCGGCCAUCCCGGAAUCGGUUAACAAGAUUCAACGCCGUCAGCUACCGAUCACGCCAGACUACGCGCAGAGCUUCAAGCUAGACGAUGAGGAUAUUUUGUAUACACGCAGCAAGGAAGGCCAGAAAUUGCGUGACUUUGGAUACGAAAUGAUUUCCGGUGAUGAUGCGUUCGAUCAGCGCAACAAACCAACCCGAUCGACCGUAGUUGGAACGAGCCCGGGGGUUGGUGUGUUGGGUGUGAAUAAUGGUGCCGGAGGAAGUGCUGGGACGAAUGGAAUCGCUACAGCAACUAGUGGCAGUACUGGUGGUGGAGGUUCGAUAAAGAAAAAAACUUUUAAUUGGAUGAACUCCGACCGGAAGACGGCAACAACAUCCAUUGCCGAUACAGCAAUCCAUCCGGAAGGAGGAUCGCUUGCGACCAGUUCCGCAAUUAGUUCCUCGUCGCUGUUCGGUAGUACCACCGGACCGGGUACUGCUGGUUCGGAACAGCAUCACAACCGAUCUACAUCACUAUCGCUGCGGGACAGCUUCAAGCGUAGCAAGAACAAGGCAGUUAUUGCCCGGCUUGACAACAUUAAGGCUAGCAGUGAGAAGCUCUUUCAGUUUAAACAAUCGAGCAGUUCCGGAAGUAACGGCGCUGGUAGCAGUAGCAAUAAUAACGAAAAGGAAUCGCUCAAAACAAAGCAACUCGAUAAGCCGGCCGCACCGGGCGUAAUGGUGAACGUGAAUCUGAAACAUCAACCCGCGCAUCCGCAACAGGUACAUCCAUUGACACCGUUCGCUAGCAUCGUUGGUGGAUUGGGUGGGAAAAAGAACAAUAAUGAGCUGAAUGCUGCUCUGGAACAACAUUCCGUAUUGCUCUUCCAGCAGAGUGUGGCGGCGAACAAUAGUAAUGGGGGCACGAGUGGUGCCAGUAUGAAUGUGGGGGGUGGAAUAAAAAAAUCCAACACGUGCAACAGUUCGUCGGAUUUUAAGGAGAAUUCGAGCAAGCUACAAAAUGUGCGCAAAAACUCUGCCCCGGAGCGAGGUAUCAGUGGUGGUGGAGGUAAUGGAGGUGCUAGCGGUGGAACUGGAGGUAAUGGAGGUGCUUCGUACUUUACGAAACUGAGCUUCGGGUCGACGAAAACCGCCAAGGAGAAGAAGCUGCUCGGCUCGCCAGGAUUGCAUCGGGCGAUCUUUGGCAAGAAUCAUCAUAACCAUGGCGGUAGCGAUAAUCAACCGGCUGUGAUCGAUCAUGAGGUGUUUUCGCCUAUUUCCUUCCCGAAGGUACCAGCUCCAUUACCAAUCGAUAGCGGUUCAUCGAACAGCACUCCGACACCAAUCGGCACUGGAUCCGGACAAUCAAACUCUGGCUCCAGCUCACCUUCCACCACCGUACUGAUGCCAAACUUUGGUCCGAAUCUGGUGGCCAUCGCACGCAACUCUCCCGACUAUCCCAACAUGGAAUAUCCACCGGUGUUUGAACCGGAAACGUACUCACUGAGCGAUCCGAACGCGAGUCUCACGUUGCUAAAACGUCGCCAAAAUCAUCACCAUCAUCAGCCCCACCAUCAUCCUCAUCACCAUCAGAAAUGACGACGUGAAAAACGGCUCGCGACGGUGCGUGAACAUGAAAUGGGAUAAAGGUUUCCUUCACGACUUU